AACUUUCAUGCUACAAUGAUAUUACUUGUUUCCUACCCUACCUUAGAGCCUACUUCUGAGUCCUACUGGCAGGAUGUGGCAGAAGAGAGGAGACUGGCACUAGUAGACACACUCAAGAAAAAUGAAGAACUUCACCAACAACUGGAAGAGAAAAAAGCCGUGAUCAAGGAAAAGGAGGCAGUGAUACAGGAUCUGACAGAAGAGAAUGAAACUCUGAGGGAGAUGGCUAAACAGACUGAGGACAUUCUGUCUAUCUUGAAGCCAAUAACUGAAGAUGAGGAGAACUCGGGGAGUGAAGACAAGAUAGUGGAAGAUGCUUCAUCAUCAUCAUCAUCAUCCCACACACAGGAAGAAGGACCCACGUCAUCUCAAGAAGGACCAGACAGCAGCUGAUGUACUUCACAUGAAAUUUUGUUAAGACCUGUAAAAUGUUCUGCAAUUUAAGUGUUUCCUUUCUCUGUAUCCUGUAUAUAGUUUGUGAUACUGCAAGUUUUAGCUUUAGGAAUAGACCAGGGUUGGACAAGUUUUCAAAAAAGUACAUGGUCCAAAUCAACUUUAACGAAAUUUAAUGUCACUAUUUUUUUUUACUUGCUAUACAGAUGUUUUUAGUUCCAACUUCAUAACAUGUACUUAAAGUAUACCUGUAGAUAAUAAAACAGGAAUUUUUUGGCACUGUACUCUGAACUCUUAUAUGUUUUCUGCACCAGGAAUACAGGACUGCUCUCUAGUGUGAGAUUGCAUGUGUGGAAUUUUAGAUGCAUUCUAUACUGGAGAAAGCAACGAAAUUUUGUUAAAACAGUUGUUUGCAAGGGCCUUGUUCAACACAUGUAAAAAGCUGCUAAGUGCCCAAAGACAAAGUCAAUGGGCACAUGUUUUAUGUGUAUUAUUUUUGUCCAUUUAUCAAAUAAAAUGUGUCCCUUCUUGACAA